GGCGUUCCUCAGCCCAACGUGAUGUGGCACAGGAAUAAUGAACCUUUAGAUGCUGGCGCUGUUUCCUUGCCGUCUGGCUCACUGUGGAUCAGAAAUGUCUCUCUGCACAACCGGGGCACCUACUCCUGCACCGCCACAAACGCCAUAGGAAUGUCCACUGCCUCGACUGUCCUGCAGGUCUACGGUCCAUACCCUGCUGGAGGGAGCAGGGUGGUCCCAGUCCCACAGGAGCUGAACAGGAGAAGGGUCCUUAUGGCGUCACGUCGUGGAACGAGUGUGUUUGUCAAACCCGGAGACAAUCUACGUAUAGGUUGUCCAGUAGUUCCUGACCACAAACUGCCAGUGCGCUGGGACUUUAACAACCAGACCCUGAAGGAGAUUUCAGUUGUGGCCCAGACCCGGAGUCCUGGUCUGGAUCAGGGUCUGCAGUACAGGAUGCUGGUGGGAGGCCGCAUCCUUGAGGUGAACACACUCCAGGAUAAGUUCUCGGGCCGGUACCGAUGUCAGACCCUCAUCAACGGUACCAGACAAGUACUGUCUGCCUGGAUAUAUCAUUUAACCGAAGGUGAGCAUUACAUUAAUCUACAUGCUUAUGUGUGUAUAUAUAAACCUGAAAUACAGUAUGAAUUAUAGUACAAUUAGUUGUUUAUGCAUAUUCACAAUGGAUGCAUUAAGAAAGUU